AUGGCCUCCAUAGCGCCUGAUGUGUUGGAAGCAAAUUAUGAGAGGUUUAGGAAGUUGUUAUAUGAGAGUAGACUUAGUCUGAACAAGGCGAUCUCAGCCGACGAAGGCUGUAAGUUCACAAUAAGUCAAUUUGUAAUUAAUUUUUAGCUCUCAACACAAAACGACAGGUCUUGAUGCUUUAUAAAAAAGCCAUCCGUGAUAUACAACAGGCAUGUUCAAUAUCAUCCCAACGAUGCCCACAAAAUAAAAGAGCCGAGGUGGAGAAGGACAGAGCAACAUUGAUGAAGCAUCUAACACUAACACAGGAGAGGAUCAAUGACUUGAGUAAGUUCCCACUUUGUUACAAAGUCAUUUGAUUUUUAGCCACGUAUUUAAAAAUGGAUGUAGAAGAAACUGUGAAACCGAAGGUGAUGUCAACGUUAGGAUCAACACCGUCGACCUCAAAGGAGUCAAAUGUACCUAAAAAGAAAUUAUUAGUGAAGAAUGUAGAUCCUAAAUUAGCUGAAGAGUUGUCUGGAAGUGUGAUUGAUACUACUGGAGUCAGAAUGGAGGAUAUCCUGGGGAAUGAGACAGCUAAAGCAGCACUCGAAGAGACUGUCAUUCUUCCCAAUCUAAAUCCGGGAUUGUUCACAGGUCUUCGGGAACCGUGCAAAGGGAUCUUAUUGUUUGGACCUCCAGGUAAUGGAAAAACGAUGUUGGUAAGUACUCAUUGUUUUGCGUAUUUUUUAGGCAAAGGCCGUGGCCACAGAAUCAAAUUGCACCUUUUUUAACAUCUCCGCGGCCAGUAUAAUGUCAAAAUGGGUGGGGGAAGGAGAACGGUUGAUGCAAGCACUCUUUUCAAUGGCCAGAAAUGCUCAGCCAUCUAUUAUAUUUAUUGGUAUGUUCAAUUUUUUGGCGUUCAUUUUCUUUGAUGAUCUUAUUUAUGUUUUGUUUCUAGAUGAGAUCGAUUCACUUUUAUGCUCGCGACAGGAAAACGAAAAUGGAGCCAGUAGACGGGUCAAGACGGAGUUCCUACUACAGUUCGAUGGGUGUGUCUCGAAGGCAGAAGACCGCGUUCUUGUACUUGGAGCGACUAAUCGACCUCAAGAGCUUGAUGACGGUGUCCUGAGAAGAUUCCCGAAAAGGAUUUACAUUGAUUUACCUGAUGAAUAUGCUCGAAGUCAGCUGAUUCGGAAGAUUUUCGAGAAGAACAAAACCAAAUUUUGUCUUUCGACAACGGAGAUCAGGUAUUUUGAUUUUAUUAAAUAGGUCUCUUUGUAUUAACAUGGGUAACCCGAGGAUUACAGAGAUAUUGCUCGAUUGUCCAAAGGAUAUUCCUAUUCGGACAUGACCGCCCUGUGCAAGGAAGCGGCGAUGGCACCACUCAGAGGACUUUCAAGACAACAAUUACAAAAGAUAAGCGCCACGAAUGUGCGACCAGUCAAUUAUGCAGACCUGAGGGAGGCGACUGCCGUAAUCCGAGCAAGUUCGAACGAAGAAAACACAAAAAAAUUAAUGGAAUUUGCACGGAAGUUUGCUCAGCAUAAAUAG